UGAACUCUCAUUUUUUCAUCUCUUCCGUUCUUGUCAAUUGCUAAAAAUGCGAAGAAUUCCUUCUCCUUUUUGAAGCUGGAGCCUUUCGAGUCUCCACACAACCCUGCAGACCAAGUUCGUCAUGGAGAUCCUACCGCUUUACAGCGCAAAUGAAGAACCCUCACAGAUAUGCCAGAUACACGACAUUGAACCAACUGCUACUAGGUACUGCUGCUAGUCACACCUGACUCAGUAUGCAGAUGUAGUAGUUGAGGGUGGGUGUGCCAUUUUAUGAUCGUGAUAGGCGAUGGUGUGCACUAGUAGACCAGCUAUCAGUGAGCGUAGGAGGCGCAAAAUAGUGGACUGUUCCACCUGAGCUACUACAUCUAAUUACCUAGUAGCUCUACCUAGGCUAGUCAAGAUCUUCACAACGCCCUUAUCGUCGUUUUUUCCCUCUCACUUCCUCGUUCUUGUGUUCCCGCGCUUCGCGGCCAACCUAUUCUGUGUAGCGUCACGCGCACACACGAACGAACGAGCUAGAGCUCUCGGCGACUCUGCUGUACUUGGCCUUUUCUCGGACCUUUCAAUGCUUCUAUAUCUCCCAUAACCGCUGCCGUGGAGGUAGGGGGAACAGGAGUUGACAAUGGUUCCUCCUGCGAAGGAGAUGCUUUCCUCGCUGUUGCGACCAAGACAGCCCGCUCGGCGCGUCGACCCGGCGCAUCUCUUCGAAUCAAACCCCAACACGCCUUCUCCUGGUCAGGCGAGUCGCGAUUAUGGCGAACGGCGACAGCGACACGCCACUGCCGAUUUCACCGAGGGCGACGAUGACGACGAUGACGAUGAAGACGACUUCGACCUUGACGAUAGACCGUCUGGGCGCCGCGUGACUUGGCCUUAUCAAGAAACCAAUGCUACACGCAGAAAUUCGGCUUCCCUUAUACCUCUAUUUUCCGCCAGCCACCUCGAUUCAAUACCAGUUUAUAGUGUCGUCCAUGCCAUCAGAAUAAUCGUCCAAACCCGAACCGAGACCACCUUAACAUGGGAUCAAAUCCGGUCGCCGCAGGUUUCUCAGUUCCUUGUCAAGCCCAUGCAACAGCAGAUUCGGACGCAGCACUUCAGUCGCGUAACGUUGUACGCCCUCAUGGCAAAUUGUCUGCAAUUUGCGAAGGAGGGGCAGCUGUAUCCGGGUAACGCAGGUACCAGUGUCACGCGAGCCAGAGUCUGUGAGCUUCUGGCCCUGAAAUUGCUGAAGGAGUAUACCACAAGGGAACUUAUCGACGCCUUGUCCUAUGACUUCUACCCGCUCCAGGGAGCUCCCGAGACAUCGAAUGCUCCCAAUGCGAAAGUAUCCGAUAGCAAAGCUCGCCCAGCUGCGGCUCGAUCUUCGACGCUCGAGGUAGCUAUCCGUGCUUCAGCCAAGCACUUUUUAGCGCACCCGCUUGUAGUCCAACAGCUCGAGGCUAUAUGGAAUGGCGCAAUAAGUUUCUAUUCAACUCAGGAUAAUAUUCAUCGAAUGCCCUCUACACCCGCAAACUCGGGUGGGAAUACUCGCAACGGCCCAUCUAAUGCUAGGACACCUCUUCUCAGCCACCAACCUGCUAAGGAACAGUCUCAGCUGCCAUUGCAUGCGGUACCUCUUCGACGGGCUGUCACCUUAUAUGACCCGCGCCAAGCUUCCCCUCUAAAGCUAUCUCGUCUCCGUGUUCCGCGGUAUAGGCAAUUCCUAUCAACAUGCUCUCUGUUUAUAUUGAUAUGCCUCUUUCUUGCUGUCUUGAUACGGCGGUCCAACCGCAUCACUGAACUAGAAUUAGUUUUCUGGUUUUGGAGCGCCGGUUUCAUGCUCGACGAGGUCGUUGGCUUCAACGAGCAGGGGUUUUCUCUUUAUAUCAUGAGCUUCUGGAACAUAUUCGACCUUGGUAUCUUGUUACUGCUCAUCAUUUAUUACUGCAUGAGGGUUUAUGGUGUCUUCCUCAUCGACCCCUUUCAUUGGAAUGAGAUGGCAUAUGAUGUCCUAGCAGCAAAUGCAAUUCUCUUGUUGCCACGCAUCUUCAGCGUUUUAGAUCACUAUGAAUAUUUUUCCCAGCUCCUGAUUGGCUUUCGGUACAUGUCGUCUGAAAUGGCGUCUUGCUUCUUUCUUAUACUAAUUUGUUGUUCCGGAUUCUUCGUGUUCUUCACACUCUCCGGGGCCCACAACGACGCUUCCGACGUGGCUUAUAAGAUCUUUCAGAUCUUGAUGGGAUUCACGCCCGCUGCGUGGGACGCAUGGCCAGGAUAUUCUUAUCUAGGCAGAGCAGUGCUAGGGUUCUUCCUUUUCAUUACUCACUAUGUUGUCGUGACAAUACUUAUUACCGUUCUGACAAACUCGUUCAUGCGAAUUGCAUCGAAUGCCAAUGAAGAGCAUCAGUUCUUAUUCGCAAUCAACACCAUCUCUAUGGUUAAGAAUGAUGCACUUUUUUCUUACGUUGCGCCCGGGAAUAUCUUCGCCUGGAUCUUGAUGCCGUUGCGAUACGUCAUGCCUAUAAGACAAUUUGUGAUCCUGAAUCGUACAAUCAUCAAACUCACCCAUUUCCCUUUGCUGUUCUGUAUAUUCUUGUACGAGAAAUACUUUCUCGCUUCAUCCAUAUACGAACCUACAGAUCUGGUCGAGAACCCAGGACGCCAUACGGGCAGAGGAAUAUCUUUCGUCGAUCCUAGUAGCAGGGGGGCCCUGUUUAGCCCAACUUUGCGAACACGCGAAGAAUCGAUUGCUGGUUUCCAAAAAGACCGUGCUCUGGAAGAGGUCUUCCGUCGUCCUCCUGAUGCCGGAACAAUACGGAGUCAGAGGAGACAGGAAAGAAGGAAGACGCAGACAGCCAUACGAAAUUGGAUGGAUAACAAUGAUGAGAUUGGGGAACGCCUAUCACAUUGGCCUACGAUCGAUAGUCGUCCGAGUUUGUCGCAGCGAAGAAUGAGCAUGAGUCGUGAUUUUCCUAAGAGGUCCAGGCACGUCUCUGACAUUCGUUCGGCUGCGAGUGACCCCGCGGACCUUAUAUCGAAUAACGCCUUCCCCGUCUCUAAUAUUAGAGAAUUGAAUGGUCAAAUCGUUGAACAACAAGAACGAUACAAGGACCAGACGGAAGCAGAUGGCGACGACGAAUUUGUAACGAACGACGAGGACGAAGAGGAUGAAGCGGCAGCCGUUGCAAGUCGCCGUGAUAGCCAAACUGAUAGAGAUGAACAAGGAGAUUACUUUACGACCCCUACAGCGGUACGGCGUAGGUCCACGGUACCCUCAUCUCAAAGCUCUUCCUCGCGCUAUCAAAGCCCGCCUGUUGCAUCACCGAGGACUAGCAAUCAACUUAUUCGACAAGGUCUACAUAGCCGUACACUUUCUACCAAUACGAUUCUUUAUGCCCCACAAGGACCUACUCGUCAUGGACUCAGCCCGUCCUCAAUAUCCGAGGAGCCAUCCGGGACCCGUUCCCGACCGCGAACGAGCCGGCUAACCAAAACAGCAGAAUCGGUCGACCCGAGUGGGACGCGCUCACCACGAAAGAUACCAAAUGAGCCUAGACCCACGAUUCGGCCAAGGCCAAUACCCAUAAGAUCAGCGCCUAACCGCUCUGCCCUUCUCAAUGCUGACCCGAGAAUUCGACAAGUCUCUUCCGUCGACGUCGAUAUCAACUCCGACAUGGGCCUUGAUGCACACAAUGAAUUUGGGGCGGUACCAUCGUCCUUUGCAACGCAAAUGGCCAUGGCAACUGGUCAAUUGAAAGCGCUAAAUCGAGGCAACCAAGAUCGCGAGGAUGCCGAUAGGAUGAGUCGCUUGGUUCUGGCGCGGAUGAAGACUUUGGAGGAGGGUCUCGCGGACGUUGCCAAAGAGAUGAGAGUCUUGAGAAGCGCAGUACCAACAGCACAGAAUUCAGGCGACGACAAUAGCUGGAAGACCAGUGCAAGCAGCGAGGUUCUAUCCAGCAACAAAACCAAAUCUGGUAAGGCGAUUAAGAGCGAAAAGAGCCAAAGUGGAAAUUCUAAAGAACAAAACGUUGGUUUGAAACCGACUAUUCCAAGGAGUCGAGAGUCUAAGGGAAAGGGGAAGGAGGUUGCGAGACCUGAGACUGAGCCAGUCCAAAGUGGCUUUAGAGGGAGAGGGAGUUCGUUUUAAUUGAUUUGGGUGUAUGUCUAAGGGGUGCAUUGGAAGUCGGUGACUGCAAAAGUGAUGCAUUUUGGCGUUUUGGUUCACUUCAAGGUUCGGAUGGUAGGGGUAAAUGAGCCUAGGUUCCGUUACGGUAUCCAUGUAUCAUGAAGGGGUUUGAGAGCAGACUCGUCAUCUGUGCAUCUGAUAUGGUCAUGAUAUGCUGUUUGGUCGCUUGUACUAUUAGCCGUAACCGGGUUUUAUGAGACGGUUGCCGAGGUUGAUGAUUAUUCGCAAUAAGGAACA